GUACGUUCCGGAGCCGGAGCACGUGAGCGUGCACACGGUGAACAACGAGGGUUCGAGUUUCACGCCUCCGGGUGACGGAGGGCAACAGCAGAAUCAACCUGCGCCAGCGGGACAGCCACCAGCUGUACCCCCGCCAGUCGUACCACCUCGAGUGAUGCCACCGUUGGCGAUAACGCCGGUGGCCUACGAGCAUAUGUUCCCGGCCAUGAUGGCCCAUUAUAUGCAGCACAUGGCGCAGUUUAUGCCCAUGUUCCAGCCACCACCACAGCCGCAGCCGCGCAUCGUUACCUUCAAGAUAUUGAAGGAUAAUGGAGCGGAAGAGUUCCGAGGAGACAAUAUGGGGGAGCCCCAGAUUGCAUUGGAUUGGCUUGAGCAAAUGGACCGGAUGUUCCGGAAGGGAGCAUAUGAUUGGUGGAAGCGCAUUGACCAGGAUCCACACACGCCCAAGCCGUGGACCUGGGAUCGCUUUGAUCGAGCCUUCACGAAGGAGUACGUACCCACCCGGUACCGCGAGGAGAGGCGCGAUGAGUUCGUUGCGCUUAAGCAGGAGGGGAUGUCAGUGCCUGAACUGAGACAGAGGUUCGACUACUUGUCCCAGUACGCGACGAGUCUGGUCUCCACUCCGGAGGAUCGUUUGAAUGAGUUCGUCAAGAAGCUAUGGCCGAACUUGAGGCCGCACGCCGCGCUGAUCACAACGACAGAUUUUAAUGCGGCGUAUGAUUUGAUUGUGAAGACGGAAAAGAGCUAGGACGAUUUGCAGGCAACCAAGAAGGAGGACCGAGCGACGAAAGACCCGCGACCCGCGGCCAGCACUGGGCUGAGCGGGAAGAGUUUUGGAU